UCAUGGACUACACGCAGCAGACAGCAACCCACGUCGGUGGCUCUGACUACUUUGGACUGGGGCUGGUCAACUUUGAAAUUCAUGAGAACAAUAUUUCCCAUGAGACCCAGGGGCUCAGUGGAAACCAUCUGGUGGUACGACGGGGGAAACCAUUCAAAGUGACUUUGCUGUUCAAAGGCCGGUCUUGGAAUCCCAACAAUGAGAGACUGGUCCUGGAAGUUUGCUUAGAGGGUUCGUCACAAAAGAUUCCAGUUCUUUUUGAGGAACAGUCAGCCCCACAAGGAUGGUCGGCUACAGUUCCUGCGGGAAAAAUCAGUAGGCAGUCAGUCAUCAUCCAUGUCUGCUCCCCUGUUCUGUCCCCGGUGGCUCUGUACCAACUCCUGGUCCACAUAGAGACCAUAGAUCACAGAAUGACUUACAUGGUGGGGACAUUUGUUCUGCUCUGCAACCCUUGGCUAAAAGAUGAUCCAGUGUACAUGCAACAGGAUGCCCACAUAAAAGAGUACAUCAAGAAUGAUUAUGGACUGAUUUUUACUGGCACUCCUUCAAAUGUUCAAGAACGACCCUGGUCAUUUGGUCAGUAUGAACCUGGAGUCCUGGACGCAUGUCUGAAGCUCCUGCAGCUCAGCAACGAGCAUUUACACAACAGCAGCAGAGACUACGCUUUAAGAGCUGACCCCGUCUACAUCUCCAGGGUGAUCUGUGCCAUGGUCAACAGCAAUGAUGAUCUUGGUGUUUUGCUCGGAAGGUGGAAGGACAAUUACACAGAUGGCGUGAAACCGACAGACUGGAGCGGCAGCGCUGAUAUCCUUCACCAGUGGCUCUCAUCCAACGGCAAACCUGUACGCUACGGACAGUGCUGGGUGUUCGCAUCGGUCCUCUGCACAGUUAUGAGAGUUCUGGGCAUCCCCUCCAGAGUGGUGACAGUUUUUACCGCAGCACAUGACGCCGAUGGCAACACCACCAUCGAGGAGUUUUACACAACCAGUGGAGAAAAGCUCAGCCUGUCUGAUGACAGCAUUUGGAACUUCCAUGUGUGGGUGGAGUGCUGGAUGAGGAGGUUAGACCUCGGUGCAGAGUUUGAUGGUUGGCAGGUUGUGGAUCCAACACCACAAGAGAAGAGCGGAGGGAUGUUCCGCUGUGGCCCUUGCCCAGUAGCUGCCAUCAAACAUUGCAUCAAUGUGCCAUUCGACACCCGAUUUCUCUACGCUGCUGUUGAUGGUGACGUUCAUCGUUUGAUCAUACAUAACGGGUCGGUGGUGGGAAGGACGGUGGACACUGAGUGCGUGGGAGAGCUGAUCUACACCAAAAGCAUCGGAUCGGACACUCCGCAGAAUCUGACCAAUACUUAUAAGGGCAUAAAAAGGCCACAAGAUGCAAGUACACACCAGUGUGAACUCCUGAGUUACAACUCAAGAGCCGCACGUUCUGGCACAUUAUCUUACUCCUGCAUGUCCUCUCAUACAGGAAGUAGUUUAUUUGCGAGCCCACAGAUGUAUUCUGCCUCCAUAACUCCAGCAGAUGAUGCUGUUGGAGAAACAUCAUGUGGUUUGCAGGUGUCCAUAACCAUCCCAGGCUCACCUUUACUGGGUGCGAACAUCGACGUGUGUGUGAAAGUCACAAACCACUCAAGCAGACCGAGAGACCUGAUGGAACACGUUAACGCUCAGCAGAAAGAGUACAACAGAGACCCACAGCAGAGCUUCUGGAGAGCACAAAGAGAGGUGCACAUACAGACACACCAAGCGUUAACGCUCCGGCACACCAUUCCUUAUUCUGAGUACGAGUCCACCCUGAAACCUGAUAGUGUGGUGAAUGUGGCAGUGGUGAUGCAGGACCUGAUGACCAGAGAAAGAGUCCUGGGUGCACACGAGUUCAGCGUGAGCACAGCGCAGAUAACGAUACAGAUUGAAGGAGGUGACCGAAUUCAAAUGAAGAAAGAAAAAUCAGCUCGAGUGACUUUCACCAACCCCUUUGAAAGAGCUCUGUCUGAAGCUGUGCUGAGCGUGGAGGGAUCCGGUUUGAUCAAGGGCAAACAGGAGGCCAAGCUGCUUCUCCUGAAGCCAGGCGAGAAUAUCAAGAAGACCGUGUCCAUCAUGGCCACUUCACCUGGCACCAAAGUGCUCAAGGCCACUUUGUCCCACAGCAGCAGCUCCAUUAUGGUGUCCAGGAGCUUCCACAAAGUUUCUGUAUCGUCUGCAUGACAACAAAGAACUCAUCGUCGCAGA